AUGUUGACACCGCUCGGGCAUGCGGUUGGUGUCAGGAUCACGACGGCGCUGUCCGCGAAAGUGGGCUUUCCCGUCCGGCUGGCGCGGCGUCAACACGGAGGCGGUGCUCGACGUGGUUUCUUCCCGCGGAUUCUUGGCGCCAGGCGUGCUUUGACGGCUUGUGACGGCAGGCGCCGUGUAGAAGAUCUCGGACCCUGUCUCAACGCUAAUGCCACUUCGGCACUAUCGCAAUAUUUCAGCAGAGGCCACGGAGGAGAUGCUCACAACCCGAGCGGGGUCGCUAUUUGUUUUGUGCAGGAUAUGGUGUACAAGGGUGUGUCUGCGAGGCCGAAGGAGACAUCCCUGCCCGAGUCGAAAGUCUUUUCCGAUAUCUCUCUCUCUUAA